GCUUCACCCGCCAAGGAGAGCGUGGCGGCCGCCAAGGGGGUGCCCUUCUGCCCCAACGUGCUGCAGGCAGAAGCUCUGCUGGAGUCGGCCAGCAUGCUGUACGUCGUCUACCCUUACGUGCAGUACUGUUUGCAUGACAUCGUGACUUUCAGCCCGGCCAAGCUCACCAACAGCCACGCCAAAAUCCUCUUCCUCCUCUUCCACGUGCUGCAGGCCAUGAAGGCUUGUCACCAGGUGGGUCUGGCUUGCGGCGCCUUUUCCCUUCGGGAUGUGGCUGUGGAAGAGAAGCUGUGCAGCCGGCUCCGUGUCAACUUCAGAGAGUAUGAGGGACCGAAGAAGGAGGAAGCAAAUCUGGAGGCUGGUCUGGAGCGACCGACCGAGCAAAGGUGCGCUGGUGUGCGAGGGCAGGAGGCGAGGUGCACCGCCUGCCAGAAGGACCUCCGAGACCUGGUGUUACAGUGGGUACACGGGCAGGUCAGCAACUUUGACUACCUUAUGCGUCUAAACAGUUUGGCUGGGAGGAGAAUGGGAGACCCCAAUUAUCACCCGGUUCUUCCGUGGGUGGUGGACUUCACUACCAAAAACGGCAAGUUCAGGGACCUAAGGAAAUCCAAGUUCCGACUCAACAAGGGAGACAAGCAGCUGGACUUCACCUAUGAGAUGACCAAGCAGGCGUUUGUUGCUGGUGGGUCAAGUGGGGAGCAGCUCCAUGUCCCCCAUCACAUCUCCGAUGUCCUUUCGGAUAUCACCUACUAUGUGUACACGGCUCGGAGGACACCCAAGGCAGUGCUGUGCUGCCACGUGAGGUCCCAGUGGGAGCCCAAUGAGUAUCCAGCCAGCAUGGAGCGCAUGCAGAGCUGGACCCCCGAUGAGUGCAUCCCAGACUCCUAUGAGGAGUUCAUCGAAGUCCACCGCAUGCUGCUUGAGAGCCGGGAAGUUUCUCAGGACCUGCACCACUGGAUUGAUCUCACUUUUGGGUACAAGCUGCUGGGGAAGGAUGCCGUCAAGGAGAAGAACGUCUGCCUCCAUCUAGUAGACAACCACACGCAUCUGACGACUUACGGGGUUGUGCAGCUCUUUGACCAGCCACAUCCCAGGCGCAUGGUGGGACCUGCCUACACACCUGCUGAAGCUCCAGCCAUUGCCCGGCCUCUUCUCCAGAACAUCAGGGAGACUGUGUUUUUGGAGGAUAUACAAGGCCAGGUGACGGAUGUGGUUAAUGGGCUGGUCCUGGAGGCUACUCCUAGUGAAACCACCUGGUCUGGGGAGAAACCCAUCGCUGGUGAGGAUGAUUUAGAGCAAGGCACAGAAGCCCUGGAUUCGAUUUCUGCUACUAGCAGAGCUGCUGAUCAGCCCUGUGCCACUGUGCCUUCAGCACAGCCCUCCACCCUUCCUGCUUAUGCCACCGAAGGCAAAACCUCAGGUGUCCGACCUCUCCGUCGGAGCAAGGCAGGCGCUGUGGAUCAGGUUGACAUGAAGAUCACGCUUCCUGAAGGCUUCAAUCCGCUCCAGGCCCUGGAAGAACUGGAGAAAUUGGACAAUUUCUUGGUUAAAGGCUUAAGCAGUGAGAUGCAUCUAAUGGAGCAGCCAUGGGAAGAGCCACCCCUGGGUCUCUCGGACCUCUUCCAAAGGGACAUGCAAGCCUUGGGCAUUCUGGUAGCUGAGAUUAUAUUUGCACCAAGGAUUCGUCCUUCGAAGCCUGACGCAUCCCUGUUGGAGCGGUUCCUGAUGGUGCGUAAUCUGUGUCGCUACCAUCCCAAGGAGAUCCCGGCCCCGCUCCAGCACGUGCUGCACGUCCUGCUGCAGCUGAACGUGCCGGUGGAGAAGCUUCUGAAGACCAGGCUGGGCAAGGGCGCGGUGCAGUUGUUUGAAUACAAACCCGUCUCCCAGGGCCUCCCCCCACCCUGUCCCACGCAGCUCCUCAGUCCCUUCAGCUCUAUUGUCCCCUUCCCCACAUACUUCCCAGCCCUGCACAAAUUCAUUUUCACCUAUCAGGCAAAGAAGAUAGAGGAUGAAGGUCAGGGCCGGGAACUUGUUUUCCAGCUGUGGCAGCAGCUGGAGGGGAUCCUUUCUGAAAUCACUCCUGAAGGCUUGGAGAUUCUUCUGCCCUUCAUAUUAUCUCUGAUGUCCGAGGAGAAUACCGCUGUCUAUGCAGCGUGGUAUCUCUUUGAACCUAUAGCCAAAUCCCUCGGUCCGAAGAAUGCCAAUAAAUACUUGCUCAAGCCAUUGAUCGGAGCAUAUGAGACCCCCUGCUACCGCCACGGCAGGUUCUACCUCUACACGGACUGCUUUGUCGCCCAGUUGAUAGUGCGCCUGGGGCUGCAGUCCUUCCUCCUGAACCUGCUGCCGCACAUCCUGCAGAUUCUUGUUGGCAUCGAGAGCUCGCGGGAGAAGAGCAAAUCCCUCCUCGGCACGGCUGAAGAUGAUGAAAGCGGAGGGGAAAGCCCGGUGUCAUGCGUGUUUGGGGAGGAGAUCAAAAUGGACGUGGAGCACAGCUCCACUGCACUCGACCUCCUCGACUACACCUCUGGCGUCAGCUUCCACGACCAAGCCUACCUGCCCGAGAGCGAGGACUUCCAGAGCGGCCUCUAUGUCGGGGAGUCCCUGCAGCCUCAGGAGCAGGAAUCGCUCAGCCUUGGGCGGCUGAGCGACAAGAGCAGUGCCAGCGAGGUGUCCCUGGGAGAGGACAGACCUGCGGAUGGGGAUUCCCAGAAGGACAAGAGCAGCUUGAAGUCGAUGGACAGCAGUCAGGACCUGAAACAGAGCGAGGACUCAGAGGAGGAGGAAGAGGAGCGUGAUGAAGAGGAGCACGAUGAUGCUGCCAUUGAUGCAGAGCUGACGGUGGCUGUGGAUGCUGGUGCCUCCGUGGAUGUCACCCUGGCUGAUGACAGCAGCGAGCCAGAGGAUGGAGAGGGAGAGGAGCUGCCGGAUCACUCCGAUGACAAAGAGCAGACAAUACUCCUGGACACAGCCUGUAAGAUGGUGAGGUGGCUCUCAGCCAAGCUGGGCCCUACCGUCACGUCCCGCUUCAUCGCCAGGAACCUGCUCCGUCUGCUCACGUCCUGCUACGUUGGCCCCACCAGGCAGCAGUUUGUACCAAGCAACGAUGAGAACAGUCCCCUGAGUACAGGAAAUAUCUACCAAAACCGGCCAGUGCUGGGAGAUCAGGUGUCCAAGCCAGUGCUGGCCUGUCUUGUGCAUGUGGCGUACCUGUACGGAGAGCCUGUCCUCACCUACCAGUACCUGCCCUACAUCAGCUACCUGGUUGCGCCCAGCGGCGGGUCGGGUGGUGGCCGGCUGAACAGUCGGAAGGAGGCAGGGCUCCUGGCUGCUGUGAUGCUGACUCAGAAGAUCGUGGUAUGUCUCUCGGACACCACGCUCAUGGACAUUCUCCCCAAGAUCAGCCAGGAGGUGCUGCUCCCGGUGCUGGGCUUCCUCACUUCGCCGGCCGUCGGUUUCCCCAGUGGUGCCCAGGCCCGUAUUGUCCUGUGCGUUAAGACAAUCAGCCUAAUUGCCUUGAUCUGCCUGCGGAUCGGGCAGGAGAUGGUGCAGCAGCAUUUGAGUGACACAGUGAGAAACUUCUUUGGGGCAUUCUCACUGCUGCAGGAGCUGCAAGACCAGGGGUUGACGGCAGAGUCACUGAGCAGCUGUGAGGUGCCGGUGAUGGAGGUGCCUCUCUGGGAUGGGAGGCUGCUGGCCCUGGAUCCGGCCAUGCUGAUGGAGUUACAGAAGGUGUUUAACCCUGAGAUGGCCUACAUCACCUACAUCCCCUUCUCUUGCUUGCUAGGUGACGUUAUCCGGACGGUUGUGCCCAACCACUCGCUGGUUGAGAAGCUGGCCGGCAUCUACCUGGAGAACGUGAACCCAAAGAGCCUGCAGGUGGUUAGCCUGGAGCAAACACCGAGUGCCGUGGGCCCGGACCAAGAUACGCGAGGGACCGAGUCCUUCUCUAGCCACCAGGAGGACAGUCACUCUGGUACUUUUGGGAGCGUGCUGGUAGGGAACCGCAUCCAGGUGCCUGUGGACACACAGCGCGAGGGUCUUGGCUUACUUUGCCUCAGUGCUGGCACUGAUGGCUUUAUUCCCAGCUCAUCCAGUGAGGAGAAUGCCCUGAAGCAUGACCUUCCUCGCAGCACCCACAUGCUCUGUGGGAACUGGCUGGCCUACUGGCAGUAUGAGAUUGGGGUGAGCCAACACGACCCCCGCUUCCACUUCCACCAGAUCAAGCUGCAGAGUUUCUCAGGGCAUUCAGGGGCCAUCAAGUGCGUGGCACCGCUCAGCAGCGAGGACUUCUUUCUUAGUGGCAGCAAGGACAAAACUGUCCGCCUUUGGCCCUUGUACAACUAUGGGGAUGGCACCAGUGAGGUGCCGCCGCGCUUCACGUACGCCGAGCACAAGAAGUCAGUUUUCUACGUGAGCCAGCUGGAGGCAUCUCAGCACGUGGUGAGCUGUGAUGGGACCGUACACAUCUGGGACCAGUUCACAGGCAAACUUCUCCGGACUUUUGAUGAAUUAGACAGCAAAGUCCCCAUCACAGCUGUGACCACCAUGCCGCCUCCCUAUCACAGCAUCUCUGUGGCCAGCGCAGACUCUGUGCUGCGGUUCAUCGACCACAGGAAGCCAGGACUACAGCACGAGUUUCGCCUGGCCAGUGGGGUGAGCGCUGGGCUCAUCCGCUGCUUGGCUGUCAGUCCUAAUGGGCGCAGCGUUAUGGCUGGCUUCUCCUCUGGUUUCAUUGUGCUGCUGGACACCAGGACAGGACUCAUCAUGCGGGGGUGGCCUGCCCAUGAGGGAGACAUCCUGCAGAUCAAGGCUACAGAGGGCAAUGUGCUAAUCAGCUCCUCUUCGGAUCAUUCCCUGACUGUCUGGAAGGAACUGGAGCAGAAACCUUUGCACCACUACAAAUCUGCAUCUGAACCCAUCCACGCAUUUGACCUCUACGGCAACGAAGUGGUCACUGGCACUGUGGCCAACAAGAUUGGCGUCUACUCCAUGCUGGAGUCCUCAGCCCUGCCCAUCAGCACGACCAAGCUGAGCUCGGAGAAUUUUCGGGGUACGCUGACCAGCCUGGCGGUGCUGCCCAUGAAAUGCCAUCUCCUGCUGGGCUCGGACAACGGCGUCAUACGCCUCCUGGCGUAGUGACCCCCGGCCCAGGAGCUUGUGGCUGUCCCGCAGUGCUGGUGGUAGAGCUGAAAGCCAGCAGCGUCGCUUACGGAGGAGGCAGUUAGAUGUUUCUGAACAGAGGAUGCAGGGGGGAGGUGUACUUGUUAGUGAGCACUCGGUAAAUCAUCUCUAACCUCUUUCUGUAUCUUUAAAAAGAAAAAAGCCAUAACUGAGAAACCUCUGCUGCUGCUGGGAGAAAUACUGGGCAUUGUAGGUCACUGUCACCCCUGCAGAGAGGCCUGGAGCUUUCCGUACCAUGUGUGCCUGAUCCCCAGGGGACUGUGAGCUGCCCUCCAGAGUGAUAUGGACCACAGGUAUCCUCUCUCCUUCAGUUAAGGGGUAAGAGGUGCUCCUUGAGAAGAACACAACGGUAUAGCUACUGCCAUCUGCACUUGCCCUUCACUUACACUCCUGAACCACUGAACAGUCUUACUAGGAUAGCAUAAGCUGGGCCUGGGAACUGCCGCCUUCGGAGCUGCAUGGUGCUGGGCAUCUCCUCCUCCUGUGGUCUUUCAAAGCCCAGAGGAUGUACUCUAUUAACUUUAGGUUCUGCCGGCUGAGUUAGAGCCUGUAUGGGAGGAGGAGAGGUUAACUAGAGCACUUCUGCUGCCUUACUGGCUCCAGGGCAAAGGCUGGAAUGGAAGUCAGCCAAGGUACAAACCCCAUCUGCUCUGCCAGUUCAUUUAGGAAUGGACUGCUGCAGAGGGACAGUUUGGGAUGGGAACGUGACCCUCUAGGGAGGCCAGAGCUAGAUGCUUCCAUAGGGAUUUUGGCUUCUGGAGCAGUAGGAUAGGGAUGGACUGUUGUUGGUUCCUGCCCCAGCAGCACUGCAUCCUGUGAUUAGGGGGUGAGAAAUGCCCUGUGUGCCACGCACUGGCAGCGUUUCUCAGGAAAUCAUCCUUCUAAUCCUCUCCUUUGUGCUGGUCAGACUCCUGGGGAAGACAGGACAGCAAAAAGGUGCUCGGUUUUAUCCCCUCCUGCCCUUGUAGGGUGAGAGCCAGGAGGCAUGAUCCAGCAUGGUCUCCUUCUGACCUUCCCUUUGGGACAGCACCGCCUGUUCCCACACCAAAGGUGAGGAGAGUGCUGUUUGACCCAGCAGUAGGAGCAGUUGCCUCACUGCCAUUGCAGCCCUUUUCCCAUCCAUCCUUCAGCCUCGUCAGAGCCAGUAUCGGGGGAGUGGGAAGCUCUUAUCUUGGGCAGAGGAGGAGCCUGCUGUGGGUUGUCCUGCGAGGGGAAAGGGCUUUCAUCCAGCUGCCGGUUCAAUCUGAGCCACCUGCAGUUGGGAAGGCUGUCCUCCGCUUCCAGGGAGGGCCGGGAGGUGAGCAGUUGGCCCUUGCUAUCCUUCCCUACUCAAGGAGAGCUCUCAGUCCCGUGUUGCCUAUUAACCAUUUGCAAUAGAUGUAAAUAUUUACUUCUAAUAAACUCUUUGAAAGAGACGCAGAG